GCGCACAUUAGAAUUACUCGUCAGCAGCCGCAUUAAUCGUGUUCUCGGAUACUUGCUGAUAUAACGACACAAGCUCAUGGCUGCUCCAGCCCCGCCGAUAAAUGACCCUCAGCCCCGCCUUCCGCCCGAAAUCUGCGAGCGCAUCAUCGACCAUCUCGAUACGUUUUGGCGCGAUGACGGACAAACUCUGUUGAACUGCGCCCUCGUUUGCUGAGGGUGGUACGCCGAGAGCCGCGCGGUCUAUUUCGAGGAGCCCGUGCUCUCCACUCGGAAAAAGGCACUUCUUUGUGUGACGUCGCUGAAGCAGACACCCCUCCUCGGUGCCCGUGUGCGACGCUUACAGAUCGGGCCUUUCGAGACAGGUCCGGAGUGGGCAUCGGUUCUCGUGAUGCUCGCAGGGAAACUUCCAAACCUGGACAAGCUCAACUUCUACUCCGUCAGCUUCGAGCACUGCUCCGUGCACAAUACAGCGCUUUGGAGCUUGCAGGAAUUCAGUCACAUCACAUCAUUGUGGCUGAGAAAUGUGACGUUGCCAUCGGCGAGCCCCUUCUUUCAGGUCGUCUCUUCAUUUCCUCGUUUGCAGCACCUUCAGUGCCGCUAUCUGCACUGGAGCAAAUCGAGGUCCUUGGCUCCACUGCCUCAACGCCACCGCAUGCCUUUGACGACAGUGACUUCCCUUGAAUAUGACCUGUCGUGCUUCGAAGGCAUUGGACCUAUUCUUCUUGGUCUGCUGGAUCAAGCUAACCUCAAAACACUCCUCUUAGAGCCAGAAGUCUCUGCGGCGGCUCUUGCUUUCGCCCAAGACAUGCUGAACAUAGCUGGCAAGAGACUCGAGGAGGCAAAAAUCGUCUUCCGGGUACCAAAAGCAGACGUCGGUGGCAGUUCCCCGCCCUUUUUCUUGCACCCUAUCAGCUUUGAAGCAAAUGUCAAUCUACAGACACUGGACCUUCUCUACGAAAACAUGAGUGACAUUGCACUGCUUGUCCGGAGUGUGCUGUUGCCUCCGCUCGAGACAAUAUCAUCAAAAAAUCUCGACAGCAUCCAUUUCUACAUAAACAACAAUUCCGAAUGGAAAACAGAUGCCUUUCUUAACGCAUUUGAUCCAGGGGUCUGCGCUCAGAUUGAUGAGCUUUUGGCUGAGGGACAUUUCCCCAAGCUGCGAGACGUGUCUAUAGGCGUUCGACUACACAAUCCACGGUUGGAUGACUCACAGCGUCUUGGGCUUUGCACAGAGAUCUGUGCGCGUUUUCCUAAACUGAAUGACAAGAACAUAUUCACUCUUCGUUAUAACUUCGACAGAUUUCCAAGUGAUGCUGAGAAGGCUUUGAAGGCGAAACGACUGGCCAAUAAGCAGCCUCAUCCAACCGAGCAAACCGAGCAAACCGCCGCAUAGGCAAAUACUGCCUUUGCAGUCAUACCAUCUUCCCUUCAAUCUUCUCUCCCACCGUUUAUCCUGGACAUGCAGCUCAUACGGCCGGCCAAAUAUUAUCCCAUCUACCAAUUAUCCACACUCCAGCCCGAACAUCGUACUCUCACCCAACCUUGUCCGCUCUCGUUGCGCCGCUGCCGUGAUCUUCGAUACGGCAUGUCAUUGCCGUGUUCACUAUGACCUAUUGCAUACCCGCAUCCCAUUUUCUCGACAAUCACAUUUACGCCUCUACCACGGUCAUCACGAUCACUCGUUCCCUUCCGCGUAAUCACUGUCUUCGCAGAGAAGCCUCUUGACUCCCGUAUAUAUCGCAUCACUGGCCAGUGUAUUCUCGAACGUCCAGCGGCUUCUAUCCGAGUCUUGCAUACUCAGUGCCGGAUG